UGAGCGCUUCAAACGGAGGCGCUCCUGGCAAACCUGGGCAGACGCACGUCUGGCAGACACAACUGACACACUGAAGGACUACUGUGGAGCAAUCAAAAUGAAAAGGAAUCACGAUUUUAGUUCCUCAGACAGUGAGCUGGAUGAAACUAUUGAAGUGGAGAAGGAGAGCGCAGAUGAGAAUGGAAACGUGAGCUCUCCUCUCGGCUCCAUGUCCCCUACAACAUCAACUCAGGUGCAGGCGAGGAAAAGGCGUCGUGGGAUUAUCGAGAAACGGCGCCGGGACAGAAUAAAUAACAGCCUCAGUGAGCUGCGCAGGCUGGUUCCCAGCGCCUAUGAGAAACAGGGUUCAGCCAAACUGGAGAAAGCUGAGAUUUUGCAGAUGACUGUUGACCAUCUGAAGAUGCUUCAUGCAGCUGGAGGCAAAGGUUACUUUGAUGCCCAUGCCUUAGCGAUGGACUACCGUGGUUUGGGUUUCAGGGAGUGCCUGGCAGAAACAGCCCGCUAUCUGAGCAUAAUUGAGGGCUUAGACAGCACAGACCCUCUGCGGAUGCGCCUGGUCUCCCACCUCAACAACUAUGCCAGUCAGCGAGAGGCUCAUUCUGGGCUCAGUCACCUGGCCUGGGGUUCUGCUUUUGGAUCCCCUCCUGCCCACUUGACCCACCCCCUCCUCCUCCAGCACCAACAGGGAGCUCCUUUGGCUCCUCUGCCCCGCAGCACCACCAGCAGCCCACAAAAUCCUCUAUCGUCCACAUCCACUUCAUCUCCCUCCUCUUCCUCCAACUCGUCUUCAUCAUCCUCUUUGGUUGCAGAGACUCACAUUCCAGGCAGGCGCAGCGGCUGCACCACCCCUCACUCAGAGCAAGGUCCGAUCAGGGUUCCCUCCACAACUGCUGCUCCCACCACCGUCCUGCACCCCGCCUUGGUUCCUUCAUCAACGUCCAAACUCUCACCUCCUCUCCUGUCUUCUCUCUCAGCGUUCCCCUUCGCCUUCAGUGCCUUCCCCAUUAUCUCACCCACCACUGCCAUCAGUCCUCCAGCCCAAACCUCCAGCGUGGGCAAACCCUACAGACCCUGGGGUAUGGAGAUAGGAGCUUUCUGACUAAAAUGAAGAACUCAUUGAUAUCUGCUUGUAGACUACACUUCCUUCCCAGCUGAGCUGGACUCAAGGACAAGACUUUAUUUUCCCUGCUAAGAAAAUGCUAUUUUUUCUAUGAUGAAAUCCCACAGAGGAUAGUUAUAGUUUUUGUUCUAAAUGUCUUUGUAUUGUUUGUUACUCUGUACAGAAAAAAAAAAACACA